AUGUGGUAUCAUGUGGCCGAACCAAAUGCCUACCUCGUCAUCACGGGUGUAGGCAUUCAGAAGGUCUUAAUCAAGAAGAAGGCAUUCGUAUACCCUUUGCAAAAGGUUUCCAAGAUCUCGAUUACGCCUUUCGACUUCUCCAUGGCCCUCCAGGCUAUGACCAUUGAGAAGCUCAAGUUUUCACUACCAGCAGUCUUCACGAUCGGUCCCGCUGAUAACCCCGAAGCUCUCGAGAAGUACGCUGUACUGCUCACAGGUGAAAGCGACGGUAGGCCGACUCAAACUGCAGCAAAGGGAGUUGUCAGUGUUGGAGAGGGUCGCAGCCAUGUUCAAGACAUUGUCAAAGGUAUCAUUGAGGGUGAGACCCGCAGCAUCGUCUCCACCAUGACCAUGGAGGAGCUCUUCCGGGAGCGCAAGAUCUUCAAGGAAAAGGUCAUUCAGCAAGUCCAGUCGGAGCUUGACCAGUUUGGACUUUGCAUCUACAACGCCAACGUCAAGGAGCUGCAGGAUACUCCGGGAUCAGAGUACUUUGCCUUCCUCUCCCGCAAGGCACACGAGGGCGCACUCAACCAAGCCAAGGUCGAUGUUGCUCACGCUCGUAUGCAAGGUGAGGUGGGAGAAGCAGAGAAGCAGGGAAAGACCAAACAGGAAGUCGCCAAGAUUCACGCCCAAACCGCCGUUCUCGAGACCGAACGCAAAGCCGAGAAGGCCACUGCGGACGCCAAAUUCACCGACAAGGAGAUUGAAAUCGGUCGUGACCUUAACGUAGCUAGGAUCAACGCCAAGCGUGAGGCCGAACGUCGUGAUGCCGAGCUCCAGAUGGAGGUCGAGAAGAAGAGGGCACUUAUGGAGCUUGAGCGUCUCAGAGCCACCAAGGUUGUACAAGCCAAGAUUGAGAAGGAGUCCUCGCAGCAGAAGGCCGAUGCGGAGCUGUAUGCCCAAGAGAAGGCAGCAGAGGGUAACAAGUACACUGAGCAAGCCGAAGCCGAAGCCGCCGCAUUCCGUCUUCUUCGCAAUGCAGAGGCAGACUUCCAGGCCAAGGAGCGCGAAGCCGAGGCCAACUUCAUUGUCAGCAAGCGUCGUGCGGAAGCCGAGUACUUUGCCCAGGAGCGCGCCGCCCAAGCUCAACUCAUCACCCAACAGCGUGAAGCUGAGGGUCUCUCCGCAAUGGCCAAGGCCUACGGUGACAUGGCUAAUGUCCUCGGUGGACCUCAGGGUCUCAUGCAGUACCUCAUGAUUACCAACGGUACCUACGAGAAGCUCGCGGUCGCCAACGGUAACGCUAUCCAGGGUCUCCAGCCCAAGAUCAACGUCUGGAACACGGGUAGUCAGGGCGCUGAUGGCAUGGCGGAUCCUUCGGCUCCUAUUCGCAACCUCUUCCAGAGUUUGCCACCUCUUCUCAGCACUAUCCAUGAUCAGACGGGUAUGUCACCGCCCAGCUGGUUGGCGCAGAUGCCGCAGCAAAACGGCGACAAGAGCAAGAUGCACUUGAGGAACGGCAGUGACAUCGACUCGUAG